AUCAUCCGGGGCUUGAACAAUGGGCAGCACUGUCUCCUGGAGAGUCCGACUGGCAGUGGAAAGAGUUUGGCCCUCCUCUGCUCCACUCUGGCCUGGCAACGGGCUCAGUUUGACAAAAUGCAGGAUGGAGGCUGCGCGGGGAACAAAAGUCCAUCAGAAAAAUCCUCAGGAGACUGUAAGAAGCCAGAGACCCCCACCCCAUGUCUGUGUGAGUGUCACAGAAGGACCAGCCAGGCUUCAGCUGCUGCCCCCAAUGGUGUUAUGGACCUCAUGGUGUCUCCCUGCAAAGCCUCUCCUCAGCCAUCACAUGCGGUGCCUAAACACGAACCAUCACCAGCAGAGACACAAGCCAGAAAAGCUUCCAUAGCAUCUUGUUUGUCAGGAAAGCUCCAGGCAUCUCUGAACUCCAACGGCAACCGAGAGGACGACUUUAAACCCGACAGGAAACGCAUCCGUUCUGCAGAGCACAGGAGCCAGAAGAGACCGCGGCUGCAGAAUGGAGUUAUUUUCAUAGAUGAUGAACCAGAGCUGGAAGUGGAGCCAUCUGGUUUUCAGGCUGACACCCCUAACAACCAGGGAGCUUCAUCAUGCUGCGUCUCUGAACCCUGCUCCUGCUGCCCCUGCGCUUCAACCAAAGACGCCGCCAAAAAACAGGACAAAGAUAACAGAAAGAGGAUUCCCAAGAUCUUCUUUGGCACUCGCACGCACAAACAGAUAACUCAGAUCGCACACGAGCUGAAGCGCACUGUGUACUCCAGCGUGCACAUGACCAUUCUAUCCAGCAGAGACCACACCUGUGUCAACCCUGAAGUGGUACCACACUUCAACCGGAAUGAGCGCUGCAAAGAUCUUCUGGAGGCCAAAAAUGGAAAAUCCUGCCGGUACUACCACGGUGUUCAGAAGAUGCGUGACCACCACACACUACAGAUAGUCCACGGGCUCCAUGAGGCCUGGGAUGUUGAAGAGCUGGUUACUGUCGCCAGACGUCUCCGAUCGUGUUCCUACUACGCUGCUCGUGAACUCAUGCAGGGAGCGUCCAUCAUUUUUUGCCCGUACAACUACCUGCUGGAUCCAAUGAUCAGAGAGAGUAUGGAAAUAGACCUGGCAGGACAGAUUUUGGUCCUGGAUGAAGCCCACAACAUUGAGGAUUGUGCAAGGGAAAGUGCCAGCUUCAGUCUGGACCAGAGCAGUCUGAAGAUGUGCAGAGAAGAGGUGGACAGCAUGGUCAACAACAACAUUAGACGCUCCCAACACGAGCCUCUCAGGGACUUCUGCUAUACUCUCUUCAACUGGAUCCAGGAGUGCCAGGUCCUGCUGUCUGAGCGUGGAUAUGAAAGUGCCAGUAAAGUCUGGAGUGGAACAGACAUGCUGGGCAUCUUUUAUGGUCUGGGCAUCACAGCUGACACCUUCAGGAUUCUUAAGCAAAAUUUUGCAGCAGUUUUGGAAAAGGAGGAGCGUGCGGGCUUGGUUAAUGGAAAGGAGGACAUGGUGCAGGUUCCAACCAUCAGCUCAACUACGUCCACUGUCCUGAAAAACCUCUUCAUGGUGCUCGACUUCCUGUACAGGGACAACUGCCGGUUUGCUGAAGAUUACAAAGUAGCUCUUCAGAGGAGCUAUGCAUGGACCAAUCAGGUCCCGCCUGAUGUCCCCGAUGCCCAGGGCUUUUUGGUUCGGCCCCGACCACGACACAGGCAGAAUGCCAGAGUCAAGACUGAGGUCCUGACGCUGAGCUUCUGGUGCCUGAACCCCGCAGUGGCUUUCUCUGACCUGAGCGGCUCAGUGCACAGCAUCGUGUUGACAUCAGGAACGCUGUCACCCAUGAGCUCCUUCUCCUCUGAACUGGGGGUGAAAUUUUCCAUCCAGCUUGAAGCCAACCAUGUCAUCAACAAAUCCCAGGUUUGGGUUGGAACGGUUGGUGCUGGACCCCAAGGAAAGAAACUGCGUGCUACUUUUCAGCACACUGAAACAUAUGCGUUCCAGGAUGAGGUGGGUGACCUGCUGCUCCACGUCUGCAAGGUCAUGACCAAAGGGGUGCUCUGCUUUCUGCCUUCAUACAAGAUGCUCGACAAGCUGAGAGACCGAUGGAGUAACACGGGUCUGUGGGAGAAGCUUGAGCAACAGAAGACUGUGAUCACAGAGCCUCGUGGUGGAGCCAAGGGAGAUUUUGAUGAGCUGCUUCAGACUUAUUACGAUGCCAUCAAAUACUGUGAUGAAAGAGACGGUGCCCUGCUCAUUGCUGUGUGCAGAGGAAAAGUCAGUGAAGGGCUCGACUUUACUGAUGACAAUGCCAGAGCAGUGGUGACCAUUGGAAUUCCCUUCCCAAACAUCAAGGACCUCCAGGUGGAACUGAAGAUGAAGUACAAUGACCAGUACUGCAAGUCCAGAGGUCUUCUUCCAGGUCAUCGCUGGUAUGAGAUCCAGGCGUACAGAGCUUUGAACCAAGCCCUGGGAAGAUGUAUUCGCCACAAGAAUGAUUGGGGUGCUCUGAUUCUCGUGGAUGAGCGAUACAGGAGUAAUCCCAACAAGUAUAUCACAGGCUUGUCUAAAUGGGUCCGUCAGCUUGUUCAGCAUCAUUACACCUUCAGCAAUGCCAUGCAGUCUUUGGCAGCAUUCUCUCGAGUCCAGGAGAAUGUGGAGAUGGCCUCCACAGAUUGCCUGACCCUCAGCUCCAUCAACUCAUCUCUCAGCAAUAACUCGUCAGCACAGGCUGGGGGACAGAGUUUGCUCAAGGCUCCAGAAGUCCAGAUAUCUUCUUUGAGUGCCACACCCCCCAAGCUCCAACAGGAAACCAGCACAUUGCUCUCCCCGUCUGUUCUGUCUGCACAGUUCAAGAGUGAAAACAACCAAACAGCAGAAUCACUGAAGAUUCCACGCAGUCCCCCAGCAGAGCAGAUUCCUCAUCAAAGCAGGACAUCAAAACCUUAUUAUCGCAUAUUCACCCCCCGCGCCACAGACACCGGCUUCAAGAAACCCAUCUUCAUAAGUAAAAUACCCUCCUCCAGUCAGCAUGAGAUCCUCCAGGCGCCUCCUCUACCGAUGACGUCAGAGACCUUUUGCCAGAAGCAAGAAGCAGAAAUCUGCUCAGGUGAAAUCAGUGGAGAACCUGCAGAUCUGUGUGCAGAGCUCCCAAUGCUGGCUUCGUCUGAAGACGAGACACCCCCAGCCACCACCUCUGAUGAGGAUGAGGAGGACCAGAGCAUUUUCUUUACCCCAGAACUGUUUGAGGUCGAGGAGGACGCAGAAAGUUCUCAGGUGAAUCUGAACACAAAGCCUGUCUCCAAGACCCCCCCAAUCAUGGGUAGCCCAGAAAAGCUGUCGGAAGACACCCCCAGGUUAGCUUCUGCUUGGAAUGACCAAAGCAGGAGGGGCUUAGAGCUUACUCAGGAACAGGGAGCUGAAGUCAGACGACAAGAGCAAAGCCAGAAGCUAGAGGAGGUGGAAACACCCGGCAGACAGGCAGGAAGUAGACUUCACAGGCUAUCCAGGUCCAGGCAGAAGCUGACCUCCACCCAGACAGCUGUGAAAGUGAGGAGGUUGUACAGACAGAAAGACAGGAGGACUUCUUCAACAAAGAUCUUUGAUGUCCUGCGGCCGUGCUUCAGGGGUCUUUACUGCGCUGUUUGUGAAAAAGAGCUUCUUCCUGAUGCACAAGGUAUAGUACGGCGUUCUGCGUAUGCAUUCAAACAGCUAGCCAUUCUACAAAGAGACCACGGUCCUGCCUUCCUGACCCGUCGCUGCCAGUGCUCACCUCUGCAGCCGUCAGUUUCAGGGGACUUUCUGCUCGUGGUUCAAAACCCCUCAGCACUGAAAACUCUGGAGACGACUCUGCAGCCUGACAGCGUCAACUCUUUCACUCUGUACAAUGCCAUCUGGAACCCUGAAGAGGAAUCUGUGACCAGAUAUCUGCAGUGCAAAGGCUGCUGCUCCCAGCUUCCUGGUCUGCCUGCUGCGCUGAUAGCAGCAGAGAUCCUCUACCCCAGAAACAUGGCUCAGAGUCAGAUAUGGUUGGCUCCAGCAGCAGUCACCCUCUGUGCGCUCAUUCCAGCUGAAAACUGAAGCUGGAUGGAGACCAGCGCCACACCUGAUGAACACAAGUACUUGAUCAUUCAAUACUGUUACACCUUUUGUCUAUCAGAGAAUUUGUGUUUUGUUGCAAAUUGCAAACAUGGUCUGUUUGGCUUUAUUACAAGAAUUCAUAUACAUUCAAUAAAAUGAAUUAGUAGAGAAAA